CAUCCCGACCCGUCUCCUCCCGUUUUCAUCCGGAAAAUGAGGAACGCCGCGGUGGGGACUGGCUGUGACAUCCGCCUGAAGGUGACCGUGGUUGGGGACCCCCAGCCGUCCCUGUACUGGUACCACAACGACGAGCUGCUCAACAUGGAGAACCAGGAGUACGGAGGCCUGUGGAUUAGGGACUGCAAGCCCAGCGAUGCUGGCCUCUACACCUGCAUCGCCAACAAUCACMUGGGAGAAGCCCGGACCAGCGCCGUGCUGGCMGUCCUGGAUCUGGGUGAAGACUCUGAGACAACAGAAGAUGAAGGUGGCGACCAGUUCGAGACCAAAGAKGACCGCGGGGACGCCGAGGACCAGGCCGUUCAUGUGAUGGAGAAAUGUGGAGAGGACAGAAGUAGAACACAUGGACAMGAGGAUCUCUCUACCAGAAGCCAAGACGAUUUUGCAAGAGAAUCUCCUCCCCAAGUUCUUCCACCGCCAUCGCCAAGGCUGGUCAAGCGUGGCCCGUCCUCUCCGAUGCCAAGCCGCUCUGGUUCAACCACUCCUGUCAGCUCGCGUAAGAAAAUCGUUGUGCCAACUGAAUACCWAGACACGGUUCCAGGAGAGUUUGAGGAAAAGACAAAGCAGCCAAAAAGUGUUUGUCAGGGAGGCGGCCAGGACUCCAGGCCACAGACCCCACUGAGUGAGUCUUCYCGAAAAGAGUUCAACCUCAGACCUUCUCCGAAGCUGACACGGGCGAGCUCAAAGGUUUUCGAGAAGGUCCGUGGCUUAGAGGAGCGGCGGCGAAGCCUCGAUAUUCCAGAAGGUUCUGUCUCGGGAAGGUCCUGGGCCGGGUUCAACCGUGCUGGGUCGGUAGAUUCAGACGACGGUGGAAGCCGGUUGGGCAUCUCCAGGGAGAGUUCAAGAGAAGAUCUUCGAGAGGCUUUGAAAGAGGAUGCUGCUGAACGGAGGUCCAUGUUUAAGCAGAGAGCUGCUUCCCUGGAGGAGAAACCUCGCUACUCUCAAAAGGUUCAGGACAUCGAGAACAAGUUCACGGAAGAGCUCCAGCGCAUCAAGAAACUGGUUGGGAAACCCCAUCUGAAGAAAUCCUUCUCCACCGAACAGCUCACCCUGAAGGGGAAGCAGCGCCAGCCUUUCAGGAAAAUCGAACCGAUUCCUCCACAGGUUCUACAGAAGCUGCAAGAAAGAGAACGCGCUCAGUGGGAAAAGGAGCAAAGGGAGAAGGGCCCGAGUCAGCAACAGCAGCAGGAACUGCAUCAACCCCAGAAGACAACAACAACCGGCCCAACAGCGGGGAGAUYCAGAGACGCCSCGGGRCCGCCGGAGUCCGUGCAGCUAUCAGAGCUGCCUGGACAGCGCUUCGUCCGGGAGUUACACCGAGUCAGUCCGGUAACAGAAAUACUCCCCAGGUCGUCUUCRCCAGCUUUACUUCAACAGCAAAGGGCCGAGUCGCCCAAUGUCACAAUGACGCUGCGUAAGGUCGAGCGACGGCCCCCAAGUCCGCUCGUUCAAAGAGUUUCUCGAAUGCAAGAAUCACCUCACAGCCAAGAGCCGGAGACGGGGAGGAAGACGCCCGUUGAGGUGGCAGUGAGGAAAAUUGAAAACAGACCUGAAAGUCCUCUGGUGCAGAAAAGGGCUGUCAUUAUGCAAGACCUUCACCUUCAGCCUCGUCCAAAAUCCCCACGAGUAACAUCYGUUACCCCACCAGAGGACGUGAUGGAGGUGUCCAAACCAGCUCCACAGUUAAAGGUCCCUACGAUUAUUGUUGAAGAUGAGAAAAUGGACGAGGACGUUCCUGCAAAGACAAAAGAGCYCAAGCAGACGAGUACCAAGGAGGGGAAACCUCCGAAGACCAAAGGGAAGAGCCGCCGUCCUCGUCCUCUGUCUCCAGAGUUAGAUUCCUCAGACGAUUYGUACGUYUCUGCUGGAGAAGACCCGAUGGAGGCUCCYGUGUUUGAGUUCAGCCUCCAGGACACCGUAGCAUCCGCUGGCGCAGACGUGCUGCUGAAAACCAUAAUCGCAGGAACCCCGUGUCCUGAAGUUACCUGGACWAAAGACAACAUGGACGUCACAGGCACGCCGAGCUACCUGGUGAAGGUGGAAGGCGAACGGCACAGUCUGCUCAUAAGAUCAGCUACAGCAGCUGACAGUGGGAAGUUCUGCGUGACUGCAGUCAAUCAGAUGGGAAGAGCCGCCAGCAGCGCCACGCUCACAGUCAGAGCAGACUCUGUGCAGGAGCUAAAAGGAGGUUUGGGUGUGCCGAUGGAAAUCAGCAGCCCGAUAACGUCUGACGAAGAGUAUUUAAGUCCUUUGGAGGAAGCUACGGACUUCGGAGCUCAAGAGCCGAGACGAACUAUUGACGCAAGAUUCAGGGAACCUCCUGCUUUUCUGGCAGCAAUGGCCGACCAAUCUGUCACUGAAGGCCAGGAAGUGACCAUGUGUGUUCGGGUCACAGGACAACCGAAGCCCAUGCUCUACUGGCUGAGGGACAGAGUGACGGUGAAGUCGGACGCCCGGCACGUCGUUCGGGAGGCGGCGGACGGCGCCUUCGAGAUGACCAUCAGGUCUGCGGCCAAAUCCGACUCUGGAGUUUAUACGUGUCGCAUCAUCAACGAGUACGGCACCAAGCAGUGCGAAGCCAGGCUGGAGGUCAAAGGUCAGCUGCACGGAUGCGCCCUGCUGAACUGCAAGAUGCACUUCGACGGCAGGAAGUGCCGCCUGCUGCUCAACUCCGUCCACGAGGACGACAGCGGGACGUACACCUGCAAGCUCAGCACCGCCAAAGAGGAAGUGACGUCAAGCGGGAAACUCAAAGUGAUUCCGUCACURGAGCCUCUGUUCACUCGGAAGUUGGACGUUCUGGAAGUGAUUGAGGGUCGAAACGCUCGAUUCGACUGCAAAGUGAGCGGGACGCCGCCGCCGAAAGUCCUCUGGAGCCACUUUGACCAGCCGCUCGUCGAAAGCGAAGACGUCAGGAUGGUCCAGGAGGGCGGCCGCCAUUCUCUCAUUAUUUCCCACGUGACGAGUGACGAYGAAGGUUUUUACACCAUCAGAGCCCGAAACGCUCACGGAGAAGCCGAGAACUCUGCUGAGCUGUACAUCCAGGAGCCGCGGCCGGCCAUCUCCUCUCAGAUGGCCAAACUGGAGAAGAUGCCGUCCAUCCCAGAGGAGCCCGAGGUCCCGGAGAACGAGGUGGAGCGCUUCACCAUGCCCGACUUCAUCAAGCCUCUCUUCGACCUGGAUGUGAUCGAGGGGAAGGAGGCGGUGCUGAAGUGCAAAGUGGCCGGUUUGCCGUACCCGACCAUCGCCUGGUUCCAUAACGGCCGGAGGAUAGAGAGCACCGAGGACAGGAAGAUGACGCAGUUCCGUGACGUCCACAGCCUGGUCAUCCGCUCUGUGUGUCACGCUCAUGGUGGCGUUUAUAAGAGCGUCAUCGCCAACAAGGUGGGAAAGGCCACCUGCUAUGCACAUCUCUAUGUUACAGAUAUUCUUCCUGAUCCUCCUGAUGGUACUCCAGUGAUUGAGUCCAUCACCGGAAAAACCAUCACUUUGAGCUGGAAGAAACCCAGAAGGUUGGACCCUUCCAUUGAUCCCAACUCCCUGAUGUAUGCCAUCCAGCAGCAAGCACUCGGCUCCAUCCAGUGGAUCAUCAUCGCCUCUGGUCUGAAAGAAACCACCUACAUCAUCAGCACCCUCUCCAAAGGCGUCCGCUACGCAUUCAGGGUCCUGACCAUCACCUCCAAAGCCUUCAGCAAACCCUCCCCGGCCACCGAUCCGGUCCAGCUCCUGGACAGAGGUCCGUACCUUCAGGAGGCYCCAGUGAUCAUCGAUAAACCAGACAUUGUGUAUGUGAUUGAAAACCAGUCAGUCACAAUCUCCAUCACUCUGAAUCAUGUCAACACCGCAGUCACCUGGAAGAGGAAAGGAGCAACUCUGACCAACAAGCCCGGCCUGUAUGAGAUGGCCAUGCCGGACGACGACCAGCACACGCUGAAGCUGCUGAAGGUGAAGAGUUCGGACGUCGGUGAGAUGAGCUUUGUGGCCACCAAUGAGUUYGGAAGYGACAGCUGCAGCUUCAGCGUGGAGACGGCCGCGCCGCCGACAUUCGAGACGAUCAUGGAAGACCUGGACGUCUGUUCYGGGGAGACACCUCGCUUUGCUGUGGUCGUGGAGGGCAAACCUGUCCCUGACAUCCUCUGGUUCAAGGUGCUAACGCCAAGUUAUUCAUGGAAACUNGUCUAUGAUGACAACGAAUGCUCCCUGGUGGUCCUGAACGCGCACCCCGAGGACUCCGGCGUCUACACCUGUACGGCCCGAAACCUGGCCGGAUCUGUGUCCUGCAAAGCCGAACUCACCGUUCAUCAGGCUAAGAGGAAGGAGGAACCCAUGGAUGACGAGGAGAGUAUCCUGAGGAAGAUGCGCAGACUGACCGAUUACUACGACGUCCACAAGGAAAUUGGAAGGGGAACGUUUUCCUACGUGAAGCGGGUGAAGCAGAAAGCCACCAARAUGGAUUACGCCGCAAAAUUCAUCUCGACUCGAGCGAAAAGGAAGGCGUCGGCUCUGAGAGAGAUGAGACUGCUGUCCAAGCUGGACCACGAGAGAGUCCUCUACUUCCACGACGCCUUUGAGAAGAAGAACGCAGUCGUCAUCAUCACAGAGAUCUGCCAUGAGGAGCUGCUGGACAGAUUCAACAGGAAAUCCACUAUCCUGGAGUCUGACGUGCGUUCAUGUGUGCGACAGCUGCUGGAGGGACUGGACUACCUUCACCAUCUGAACAUCAUCCACCUGGACAUAAAGCCCGAUAACAUCCUCAUGGCGGAUCUCCAAAGCGAUCAGAUCCGUUUAUGUGAUUUCGGAAACGCCGUUGAGUUCACGCCCGAUGAGGCUCAGUACUGCAAAUACGGCACGCCCGAGUUUGUUGCACCAGAAAUCGUCAACCAGACGCCUGUUUCAAAAGCCACCGACAUAUGGCCUGUCGGGGUUAUAUCGUACCUGUGCCUGACUGGAAUCUCCCCGUUUGCCGGGGAAAGCGACCGCAGCUCUGUCCUGAACAUCAGGAACUACAACGUGGCUUUUGAAGAGAACAUGUUUGCUGAUCUUUGCAGAGAGGCUAAAGGGUUCAUCAUCAAGCUGCUGGUAGCGGACAGGCUGAGACCCGAUACUCAGGAGUGUCUUCGACAUCCGUGGUUCAAGAUCCUAAGCAAGGGGAAGGCCAUCAGCACAGAAGGUCUGAAGACGUUUGCUGCUCGCAGAAAAUGGCAGCGUUCCAUWAUCGGCUAUAAAUCAAAAAUGGUCAUGAGAUCCAUACCAGAGUUGCUGAACGAUUCCUCGAGUCACACCUCGAUUGCCAUCCAGAGGCACCAGAAGGAAGGCUCACCCCUGCCGUCUUCAUCGUCUGAUUCAGACGAAGACAUUGAUGAGCUUCCUUUUAUUCCAAUGCCACUCAACAUGGACUUCUCUGGAUCAAGAAUGUCACUGAAURACAUUCARACCACUGAGCAGGAAUCAGGAAAGAAGAAUGAAACAAGUUUAUCUUCCCAAGGUCAGGAGACCAUGGAGUUUGACUCGCAGGAGCAGGAAACGGUAAGAGGCGAGGCCGGGGGGAAAGGCYGUCUUCGGAAACGAUCAUCGGAAGACAAUGACAAGGGUUUCUCAGAGGAAUCGCCUCUGAGUGAACUGAUCCAAAAAUCAGCACAAUCCAGAAAACCCCUUAGRAGAGGAUCAAGCAUGGAGUCUGACAAGGUGGAAGGAGGCCGGAAAAGAGGGGAACUACGGCGUGGCGGUUCRGCCGAUAGUGCUCUGCUGCUUCGGAUUACACCUGAGGAAGGAGYGGGUGAAGAAAACUCUGGAGAAGGACGGAGAGUCCUAAAGAAAGCUGUCUCCAUGGAGCUACCGARRAGGAGCACCAGCCCUGGAACCGCUAAGAUGAGUCAGGAAGACUAUGCUCUAAAGCUGGAGCUAAUGAGGCAGCGACUGCUUCGUGGCGGUUCUGUAGACAACAAGAUGAGUGGCCUGAGAGGACCUCUUUUAGAAACAUUAGGGAUGGGAGAUGAAAAGCGAGCAAUACCUUCAGAUCGCUACUCUCGCACUGCUCGUCUGGGCCCACCUCCACUUAUCAGAGCUGCAUCCAGUGACUUUCCAAGGGACGAGGUGCCCAAACCUAAAGUUCUACGUAAAAGCACUUCUUUCAGUCAAGGGGAUUCAGAACCUAUAGCUUUACAUCGACGAUCAGGAGCACCUUUGGAGAUUCCUCUYGCACAAGUAGAAGAAAGGCGGCUUAAAGAAGCAAUUUCCAUGUCGGCUCUAACGGAGCAAACCAGGCUAGACUCCCGUCCAGAGACUYCCAGGGAAUCUUCCCCAAAACCACCGACUCCAGAGCCGGUUGUGCAAGAAAAUCAAUCCAAAACAGAGAGUCAGGAUUCACUGAUGGAGAAAGAGGUUCGAACAGAUGAGACUGUGAGUGAAAAGAUGGAUGGACUGACUGCAGACAGUAAUUUUGAUGAAAGAUCUAGCACAAGUGGAUUCUCAGAGAAGGACAUGAGUAUUUCAGAGGAACCAUUGACUGAAGGAGAUAGCGUGGGCCAGAGUAUCCACACACCUUCUGAUAUGGCCCAAAGCUCUUUAGCAGAAGAGAAAAUGCAAGAGGAGAAAGAGAGCGAAAAGGUGUACGAAGAAAAACAAGAAUUGAUCAAAGAAGACGAUAAAAAAGGUGAUUAUGUAGUUGAGUCAAAAGCUAAAGAAAAUGCAGACGAGAAGACAAGUCCUCCGAUAACGUCUUCUGAGAUGAUUAUAAGCACAAGUUCGGUUAUGGUGAAACCAACACAAGAGCCUUACCAGGCCCCAGGUGCUGUUACUUCAGCAUAUAUAACACCCUCACCUCCUACACGAGUUGUUCUUCCAGAUGGAAGAGUGUCAGCUUAUGCCAGCAUAAUGCAGACCAUCAUGGUGCCUUCCCUUCAGCCUCUGAACGAGGCCUCCCUUCCCCCUUCCACUCCAGUUGUUGCUCCAGCCAAUACUGGCACAUCAUCCGACUUACUCGGUUCACCAAAGCCAAUCAUGUCAACCACAGAGCACCCUGCAGUCUACUCUAGAGUCGCAUCGCCAGAAAUGAUCACAAAAGAACCCAGUCCGCCGAAGACCUAUUCACAAACGUCACCCCAGCAAGAGGUCUCAGCCGGAGCUGACUUAGAAGAUAUGACCUCAGAAGAGGUUUUUGAGGCCCGAUUCAAAAAACGUGAAUCUUCCCUCACAAGGAGUCUGAAGUUUCUCUCAAGAUCAAAGAAUGAAGACAGUACACCGGUCAUCCAGCCAACAUCAGACACAUCUGAAGAGAUAUACAGACCUGGGCCGAUUGGCGCUCCCAUACAGUUAGCCUCAAGAAGACUUGAGGAAAAGUCCAAGUCGGUCCAAGACCUUCGUGAAGCUCAAAAGGAUCAAGGGUUCAUGAGGAGACUCUCUAUGCGCUUGAAGAGAACACCAUCGACAGAGCRCACAGAUGAAGCACCGAAAGAUGAGGACUCAGCAGGUKUAAGACAUAGGCUGUCUUGGAGUCUUGGCAGACGAGGUUCUCAGGAAAAGAAAGAGGUAGAGUUGACCAGGAUGGAUGGAGAAGGUGAUAAGUCAGUGGAUGAAAAGGAGCUGAAGAAACCCAAUGAAUCACCAGUGUUGGCGAUGCGCAGAAAGAUCGAAUCAACCGUAGCAGGGAUCUCCACAAGAAUUCGAAGUUACUCAGAAGAGAGACGAGCCUCAGAAGACAAGGAAACAAAACGAACACCAAUUCUUUCUAUGCUUCGUCGAUCAACAUCAGAGAGUCGAGCUAUGAAGCCUAUCAUUGUUCCUCAGAACCAACUGGCGUCUCAGGCCACUAAUGGCGCCUCAUCCGAGUCUCUUGACUCGAUGUCCAGCCUAAAGUCGGACACAUCAAAGGGCAUUGAAGUUGAGCGGAGAUCCAGAUGGGAUCGAUGGGGCUUGACAAGAAGCAAACGGGACAAAACAGUAUCACAGCCCGACUUACCAACKGCCAUCUCCCGGGACAACAGUUCCUUACGUUCACGGCAGUACUCAAAAUUAGCUUCAGAUUUUCCUCCUGUAUUCCAUAUCAAGCUCAGAGAUCAUGUCCUCCUGGAGGGUGACCCAGUAACCCUGAGCUGUCUGCCAGCUGGAAGCCCCCAUCCACACAUCGCCUGGCUGAAAGACAAGAAGCCUUUAGAAGUUGAUGCUAGAAUGAACAUGAUUUCCUGCCCCGAUGGCCGACAGCUGCUGAUGAUCAUGCAAACCACCAAAAAAGAUGCUGGGGUGUACGAGUGUGUUGCUACGAACCCCCUGGCUGCCGUGUCCAGCUCUUGCACUAUAUCCCUUGCUCGCCUGCCUAACCGUCCUGGGACCCCAGAGAUUCCUCAGAAAUACAACAACACAGCGUUAGUGGUGUGGCGACCCUCGGACACAAUGGCCCCCUGCACUUACUCUCUGGAGAGGAGAGCAGAAGGUGAAAGCAACUGGCUGAUAGUUGCAACCGGAGUGGCAGACUGUUACUACAAUGUGACUGACCUGCCAGCAGGGGGCUCCUUCAGGUUCAGAGUGGCUUGUGUCAACAAAGCCGGUCAGGGUCCCUACAGCAACCUGUCAGGGGUUGUGACUCUGGAUCCCACUGAACCAGCCAAGUCCAGUUCUUCUGUGGUUGUGAAGACCGUUCCCGCCACAAGUCCAGCGCCCCCUGUGGUCAUGAUGUCGUCCAUGAAAGUGCCUCCCAUUAAACCAGCUCCCAGUAAAUCCACUACUGUGACCACAACUCCUGCCUCUUCAGUGGCUAAAUCUCCCUCUCCUGUAGCCAUUAAGCCAGCUGCUGGCCAUCCUGCAGGAACUGAGCCCACCUCAGCUGACCAAGCGCCAGUCACACCCCCGAAAGCCAAGACCUCCAUCAGCAUCAGCGUCAGCAAACCUCAGGCGACGCUGACGCCUCCGCCUGUUGUUCCACCCAAACCCCAGAGUCCUGUUCUUGCAUUCCCCUCAACGACCAACAAGCCACCUUCUCCGGUACCAGCRUCUGCUCCUCCAAUCGGGAAGCCGAUUUCCUCUGUGCCAAUGUAUGUUCCCGCAGCAACAGCCCGCUCUACGCCGCCUUCUCAAGUUGCUCCCACCCCAGCGACGACUGCACCCUCCGUCACUCCGCUCGCACUUUCCCCUCCCGUUGUGAUAGUGCAGAGCCUGACGCCGGUUCUGCAGGGAGGAGACAGUCGCGGUACUCCAAGUGGACGGGUCACCCCGUCUGGACGCCUCACCCCGUCUGGACGCAGGACGCCGCUGGGCAAGGCUGGGGAGGGAUCUCUACGCCAGGGCGUUCCCCAGAAACCUUACACCUUCAUGGACGAGAAAGCAAGAGGCCGGUUCGGCGUGAUCCGGGAGUGUCGUGAGAACGCCACAGGAAACCUCUUCAUGGCGAAGAUCGUCCCCUACGAGGCCGACACCAAGCAGGCGGUGCUCCAGGAGUACGACAUCCUCAAGUCUCUCCACCACGACAGGAUCAUGGCGCUGCACGAGGCCUACGUCACGCCGCGCUACCUGGUGCUCAUCUCUGAGUACUGCAGCGGGAGGGAGCUGCUCUACAGCCUCAUAGAAAGGUUCCGUUACUCUGAGGAUGACGUGGUGACGUACAUCGUGCAGAUCCUCCAGGGUCUGGACUACCUCCACGCGCGCCGCAUCCUGCACCUGGACAUCAAGCCGGACAACAUCAUCGUGACGCACAUGAACCUCAUCAAGAUCAUCGACUUUGGCAGCGCUCAGACGUACAACCCUCUGUUCCUCAAGCAGUUCAGCCCCCCCAUUGGAACGCUGGAGUACAUGUCUCCGGAGAUGUUGAAGGGAGACGUUGUGGGYCCUCCGGCUGACAUCUGGAGCGUCGGCGUGUUGACUUUCAUCAUGUACGUAACAAUUUCACAGCUUCCUCCUGGCAACCCGUUUAAAUAGAAAUGCAUUCCUCACAUGAUUAAAAACGGUUGUUUUGAUUUCCAGCCUUAUGAAUGCUGAAGUAGUGAACAGACUCAGACUUUGAUACUCAGCUCCAAUUUUAUUCUGAAAUCCACAUUUUUUUUAUUUUUCUGAUUUAACCGAAGAUUACUCUGGGCU